AAUUGAAAUGUAUGGUUGUAGGAGACGAGAAGACUUUUGAAAGUCUCCCACCAAAGUGAUGGAUGAAUAUGUGGAUGUGAUGGGUCAUGGGCCAUCACAAAAGAAACAUUUCAAGAAGUGGUUUGGUAGCUGUACCCGAGACUUAUGUUCACAUGGUGCAAAGAGUUGAAAAUCUGAAAGGGACAAAUAGUCUAGAAAUUGAAUCUUUUUUCCAUAAUAGUUAAAUGUUGACUUUUAUAGUGUAGGGAGUAGAGACUUGGGAGAGGUAGAGACUGGGAGAGUUGUGAAUCAAGAAACAGGCAAAUGGCAGAAGCUAUUGUUUCCGUGACAGUGCAGAAGCUAGGGGAGUUUCUCCUUGAAGAACCGUUGUUCUUGUUUGGUAUAAGUGACCAGGUGAAGCAGCUUCAAGACGAACUGAAGCGUUUGAGGUGCUUCUUGAAAGAUGCAGAUGAGAAGCAGCGUAAAAGCGAGAGAGUGCGGAAUUGGAUUGCAGAGAUUAGAGAAGCUGCUUAUGAUGCAGAAGAUCUCCUCGAAGCAUUUUUCCUCAAGGCGGAAUCAAAGAAAGGAAAAGGGAUCAAAAAGGUGUGUAGGAGGCUUGCUUGCAUCAUGAACGAGGCAGUUUCGCUUCAUAGUGUUGGCUCAGAGAUUAGAGAGAUCACCACCAGGCUUACCAAGAUAGCAGCAAGCAUGAAAGACUAUGGUAUAAAAGAAGCUAUGGACGGAGAAAGAUUGAGUUUGUUUGAUAGUUUAAGAGAGCAGAGGCAGUCAUUUUCAUAUGCUGAUGAGCACAAUCUUGUUGGGUUAGAGCAGAGUCUUGAGAAGUUAGUGAAUGAUUUAGUUUCCGGUGGUGAGAAACUAAGGGUCAUGUCCAUUUGUGGAAUGGGUGGUUUGGGGAAGACAACUCUAGCCAAACAGGUUUUCCAUCAUAGUAUAGUGAGGCGUCAUUUCGAUAGGUUUGCAUGGGUUUAUGUUUCUCAAGAGUUUAGACGGAGGCAUGUUUGGCAAGAGAUUCUUUUGAGCCUUAGCUAUAAAGAUGAGAAUCAAAGAAUACUCGGCUUGAGAGAUGAACAGCUUGGAGAGGAGUUGCAUAGGUUCUUGAAAAGGACUAAAUGUCUCAUUGUGCUUGAUGAUAUAUGGGGCACUGAUGCUUGGGAUGGUCUGAAACACGUCUUUCCACAUGAAACAGGAAGCAACAUAAUACUCACCACAAGGAACAAAGAGGUUGCUUUGUAUGCUGAUCCGAGAGGUGUACUCCAUGAGCCGAGAUUGCUAACACAUGAAGAGAGUUGGGAGCUGUUGGAGAAAAUUUCAUUACAGGGACGAGAUAAUUUAGAGCCAAUGUUGGUCAAGAAACUGGAGGAGAUUGGGAAACAGAUGGCCAUAAGGUGUGGAGGUUUACCUCUAGCUAUAACAGUUCUAGGAGGACUUUUGGCGAUGAAAAACACAUUGAACCAAUGGCAGAGAGUGCAAGAGAACAUCACACCAUAUGUUUCAAAUGGAGGAAGUAGCAAUGGAAGUAAGAGUAUGAUGGUUGCAGAUGUUUUGUCCUUGAGUUAUGAGGACUUGCCUCCCCAUUUAAAGCAGUGUUUCCUAUACUUUGCUCACUAUCCUGAAGAUUUUGAGGUUCAUGUGGGAACAUUGGUUAGUUACUGGAUCGCAGAGGGACUAGUUAUGCCUGUGGAAGCUGGGAUGACAGUAGAGGAUAUAGGGCAAGAUUACCUUGAAGAGUUGGUAAAGAGAAGCAUAGUGAUGGUUGGGAAAAGAGACAUUGUAACCUCGGAAGUGAUGACAUGCCGUAUGCAUGAUCUAAUGCGGGAGGUGUGUUUACAGAAAGCAGAACAAGAGAGCUUUGUGCAAGUUGUUGAUUCAAGGCAACAACAGGACGAAGCUGAAGCUUUCCCGUCUCUUUUGACCAAUACAUCUCGCAGAGUCUCUGUACAAGUGCAUGUUGGUGCGGAGGAACACCGGAUCGAGAGACUUUACAUGAAUCCUCAGUGUAGAUCUCUUGUGUAUUUGAUGAAAAAUCAAGGAAGUCAAUGGACACUUCUGGGGAAGAUCUCCUUGAGAAAGAUGAAACUCCUUAGAGUUUUAGAUCUUGAGGGAGCUCAGAUCAAAGGAGGGAAGUUGCCAGAUGAUGUAGGAGAUCUCAUCCAUUUGAGGAACUUGAGUUUGAGGUUGACAAAUGUGAAGGAACUAACAUCAUGUAUUGGAAACUUAACGUUGAUGAUCACUCUAGACUUGUUCGUGAAAGGGAGACUGUAUAUUCCAGAUGUGAUAUGGAAGCUAAAGCGGCUGAGACAUCUGUGCAUGCCUUCAGAGCUUGAUCCAAGAACGAAGCUGAACUUGAGUACUCUAAGGAACCUGCAACAGCUCUGGGACUUCCCUGUUGGUCAAUGCAAUCCAAGGGAUCUUUUAGCGAUGACGAGUCUUAGAAGAUUGUCUAUCAAUCUUUCUUCUCAGAACACAGACUUUGAGGUUGUGUCUUCUUUGAGUAGAGUCUUGAAACGUCUCCGUGGCUUGACGAUUAACGUUCCCUGCGAACCUAUGCCUCCUCCACCAGUUGAUGUAACACAGCUGGUUUCUGCUUUUGCUGAUCUCUCUGAGCUGGAACUGUUCCUUAAGCUAGAAAAGCUCCCUGGGGAACAGAGUUUCUCCUCUGAUCUCGGUGCCUUGCGGUUGUGGCAAUGCGGGUUAGUGGAUGACCCGUUUUUGGUUCUGGAGAAGCUUCCAAACUUGAAGAUUCUUCAGCUGUUUGAAGGAUCAUUUGUUGGUAGUGAACUUCAUUGUUCUGUAAAUGGUUUCCCUCAGCUGCAUUCUUUGACGUUGUCACAGCUUGAGAAUCUAGAAGAGUGGGUUGUAGAAGACGGUGCUAUGAUGCGUCUUGUUUCUUUGGAGCUGAAGUGUUGUAAGAAAUUGAAGUCGGUUCCUGAAGGAACGAGGUUCUUGAAGAAUCUACAAGAAGUGGAGAUUGGGAACAUGACAAAAGCAUUCAAAGACAAGCUGGCGUCUGGUGGUGAAGACUUCUACAAGAUUCAACAUGUGCCUUGUGUUGUUUUUGAGUAUUGUGACCUUUAAGAAUUUGGAUGUUAUGAUCUUGGUAAAGUUUGCCACUUUUAGGUGGAAAAUUGGCAAAAACCUGCUAAACUAUAGCCAGUGCCGAACGUUUUCAGGGGCCUAAGGCAAUUUUUUUUCUUUUGACAAUAUUUAAGGCAAAAAAAAUUUUGAUGAUCU